AUGAUGCACCCAUCGAGGCAGGCCUACGUUGAAGAGGCGAUGGACGAGGACAAAGGCAUUGCGCUCGAAGACCUUCCUACCGAUCAUGACUACGAAAUUCCCUCCGCCGCAUCUGGGGUGGCACCCGAGAAAGCAUCUGCCAUUCUUGCGCAGAUGGAGAGAAAGAAAUUGGCCGCCAGCAUCGCGGUGCCCACUGACGACACUCGAGUACGCGCGAAGCUCAGAGAGCUGGGCGAACCCAUCACACUGUUCGGAGAAGGAAAACCCGAGCGAAGAGACCGUCUACGAAACCUGCUUGCGAUUCAGCAGGAGCUGGAUGAUGUCGACAUCGAGAUGCAGGAGGCCGGAGACGAAGACGCGGACGAUCAGGACGAAGAGUUCUACACACCAGGAGGCCAGACACUGUUACAAGCACGCGUCGACCUUGUGAAAUACUCCCUCCCCAGGGCAAAACGACGAGUCCAAUUCCAGAAAGCAGAGUCGACCAUCCCUUUGCGCACGCACGUCAAGUUCCGAAAACAGAUCAAGGAGAAGUUGGGGGGCUUCGAGCUUCAGGGCAGUCAGACGGCCGGCGACAGAAACGUCAGCAUGGCGAGGUUAUCGCCGAACGGAGAAGUCGUCGCGGUGGGCAACUGGGGUGGAGGACUCAAACUUAUCGAGGUGCCCAGCCUGGAACAGAAGAUGAACCUGCGAGGGCACACCAACAAAAUCAGCGGUAUUUCAUGGCGCCCGGGCGCCACGCUGCCUGAAUCCGACGUAUCCCCGAGCUCUGUGAACAUUGCUUCGGGAGGAGCCGAAGGCGUGGUGCACCUGUGGUCGCUGGAGCAAGAUACCCCCCUGUCGACCCUUACCGGCCACAGUGCUCGUGUGUCUCGUGUGGAGUUCCAUCCAUCUGGACGCUAUGUGGCUUCUGCUUCAGACGACACGACGUGGAGGCUGUGGGAUGUGGAAACAACUGCAGAGCUACUGCUUCAAGAAGGUCACUCGAGGGGCGUUUAUGCUGUGAGCUUCAACGCUGACGGAUCCCUUCUCGCCAGUGCUGGUCUCGACAGUGUUGGCCGCAUCUGGGAUUUGCGAUCAGGAAGGACAGUCAUGAUUUUGGAUGAGCACAUUCAGCCGAUAUACGCGCUCGAUUGGGGCUCAGACGGACACAGAGUGCUUUCGGGAUCGGCAGAUGGCUGGAUCAAGUGUUGGGACGUUCGAAAGGUUCAGAGGACCGCCAACCUGGGAGCACACCAGAAGGCAGUGUCCGAUAUCAGGUGGUUCAGAGGCACGGACGAUCCCGUUGAUGGCAACCCUCCUGGCGUUGACGAGAAGGGUGCGCAGCAGCCCAAGAAGGCAGGCACAUUCUUCGUCUCCGGAGGGUUCGAUGCCAAGAUCAAGAUCUUCUCAGCGGAUAACUGGGGGGUAAUUCAGACACUGAGUGGGCAUGCUGGUCCAGUCUCCAGCGUAGAUGUAAGCCGGGACGGCAAGUGGAUUGUCAGUGGAGGACAUGACCGGACGGUCAAGCUUUGGGGUCGCAAUGAUGGCGAAGGCAUCUAG